AUGAACUUCACCGCCACUGUUGCACUGGCCACAACGGCCGUACUGGCACGCCUUGUUGAUGCAAACCGUACGUAUCAGGCAACACGGUUACAUCAUAUCCACCCACACUACAACCUUGUUAAUGAUGGACAACAAGGUUACAACUAUUCUCCGAACUCCACUAGGAAGCAUGAUGAAGAAAUACAUGAAAUCGCUACCAGCUUCAUUGACCUUUUGGAAAGUGACGGAUUCGACAUGGCAAAUAAGAAUGAUCUUAUGACGCUGGCGUCAUUCCUUGAAACCAUCACUGGUGGAGAAAUCGCGCCACAAAAAAGUGGCAACGGAUUUUUAACUAUGCUCAAGAAAGGCGGCCGCACAUUGUUCGAGGCUGGCAAGGAUUUCGCGAAGAAACAUGCAAAAGGUGCCGUUGGUGACGCUGUGAAAAUCAUCUUCAUGACAUUGCUUAAAAAGGGGCUACCUGUGUUCGAAAAAGCAUACGAAAACGCAAUGCAAAAGAUACCUAUCGAUUUGAGGAUCACAUAUGCACCAAUGGCAUAUAAUUUGUGGACCGAACUCUUCAAAAAGUUCAAGAUAAGAAUGCCGGAGGGAUACAACGUCGAACGAUUCAUAUGCAAAGCGAUGACGAAGGAGCAGUGUGAUGACGUUAUCAAACGCAUAAAAAGCAAACAAGAAGAUGAGGAAGCGCCCCAACUGAGAGGCGGCAAGCGGAGAAAAUCAAGAAACGACGAUGAUGACGACGAAGAAGAAGACGAUGGCGAAAAUGACUCUGCAGAGGACGACAGCGGGGACCUAGAUUCAUUCUAA